CAAAAAGUUCCCGCAGGGCGCCUGAUAGCAUGCUCGGCUCUAGCACCUAAAGCUGUCAAUGUGCUCCCACCGUGCCACUUGCAGCUCGCUCUGCCAGUUGCCAGCCAACAGGUGCCAAAGAUGGGCGUGGAAGACCAUGAACUUGUUCAUCCAGACGCGAUCUCACCAACCCUUCGAUGCCCCAUUUGCACCGAUGUGUUUGAAGAGCCUGUUUCAUGCAGCGCUUGUCAGCAGGUCUUUUGCAAGACUUGCAUCGAGCAUGUUUUGCUGACUUGCAAGCCUGCGUGUCCUACCUGCCGAGCACCUUUGACAAAGAGCUUGCAGCCUAAUUUCUUGGUGCGAUCUUUGCUCAACGAGCUUCAUGUGCGGUGUGUACAUCCGGGUUGCUACUGGACUGGUCGGCUGGAUGAGCGGGCAGCUCAUGGUACCCAUUGCUUGGCCCGUCACCUGCUUUUGAUGCAGGAGUGGAAGAUUCAACUGGAGAAUAUGCGCUCAGUGCUGGUGGAUGGGGAAAAGGAAAGAAGUGCAAUGCGGCGACACAUAGAGCUCCUGUCCAGCCACAAAAUGCAGCUGGAGGAAGAGGCCAAGGUGCAGCAACUGCAGCUCAAUGCAAAGCAGCACAUGCUAGACUUCAAGCAGCAGGAAGUGGACGAGUUGAGAUGCCAGAUCGGGCAAGUUAUGAAGCAGCACCAUGCUAGCCACUUUCAGCUACAUUCUUUGUUCCCACUUCUAUUUUUGUUUCUUUUUGUGCUACAUGUGUGGUUCUUCUAUGACAUUUUGCCAGCAGUGCUCGGAAUCCGAGAUUGUGUAUUGUCAACUCAAGUGGCCUACAGAGGUUGGUCAUAGUCUGAUGCAUAAAGCGUCGGCACGGGUGAAAUCCAGAUGUGAUUUCUUGGGGUUCCACAGGGCAGCUAAUUCAAGCCUGAUGAGCCUUCUUGGACUUUCUUCUCCCAGGAAUUGUGUUCGUAUCCAAGAGCUGUGGCUUUGUGUGUUGCUUCGUGAGUUUCGGUAUUGGGCAGAAGGUGUGUCCAAAUGGGGCAUUUUGUAUAGCGCAAUUGGCUUCGUUUUGGUGCAGGGCUUGGAACUUGGCGCUGCCAACGGUUAACAAAACUGGAGGUUGAUUGAGAGAGAGAGAGAGAGAGGGAGGGCAAGAGAGUG